GUUGGAUUGUGCGGCAGCCGCCGCCGCCGCCGCCGCCAGAGGACCGGAGGAGUAGCGAGUUUAGCGCGGCCGCGGGAGCGCCAGGACAGCGACCAUCCGGCCCGAGCCGAGCCGAGCCGAGCAGGCGGGAGCCGGCAGAGCUUCCCUGUCGGCACGCGGUCCCAGGGCCUCGGCGCACCGGAGGGGUGGCGGGAUGCUGCGCCUGUGACUGCCGGCCCGCGCCCCUGUCACCCUGAGUGGGACCGAGCGCUCGCCCACCUCCCGAGGACACCAGCCCUGGACGCUCCAGCCCACCGGCGACACCAUGAGCUCGGGCCAGCAGCCUCCGCGGAGAGUCACCAACGUGGGCUCCCUGCUGCUCACCCCGCAGGAGAACGAGUCGCUCUUCUCCUUCCUCGGCAAGAAAUGUGUGACUAUGUCUUCGGCAGUGGUGCAGUUAUAUGCAGCUGAUCGGAACUGUAUGUGGUCAAAGAAGUGCAGUGGUGUUGCUUGUCUUGUGAAGGACAAUCCUCAGAGGUCUUAUUUUUUAAGAAUAUUUGACAUUAAGGAUGGGAAAUUACUGUGGGAACAAGAGCUAUACAAUAACUUUGUAUAUAAUAGUCCUAGAGGAUAUUUUCAUACCUUUGCUGGAGAUACUUGUCAAGUUGCUCUUAAUUUUGCCAAUGAAGAAGAAGCAAAAAAGUUCCGGAAGGCAGUUACCGACUUGUUGGGCCGACGACAACGGAAAUCUGAAAAAAGACGGGAUGCUCCAAAUGGUCCCAAUCUACCUAUGGCUACAGUUGACAUAAAAAAUCCAGAAAUCACAACAAAUAGGUUUUAUGGUUCACAAGUCAACAACAUCUCCCACACCAAAGAAAAGAAGAAAGGGAAGGCUAAAAAGAAGAGAUUGACCAAGGCAGAUAUUGGAACACCAAGCAAUUUCCAGCACAUUGGACAUGUUGGCUGGGAUCCAAAUACAGGGUUUGAUCUUAAUAAUUUGGAUCCAGAAUUGAAGAAUCUUUUUGAUAUGUGUGGGAUCUCUGAGGCCCAACUUAAAGACAGAGAAACAUCAAAAGUGAUUUAUGACUUUAUUGAAAAGACAGGAGGUGUAGAAGCUGUUAAAAAUGAACUCCGAAGGCAAGCACCACCGCCUCCUCCACCCUCAAGGGGUGGCCCUCCGCCUCCGCCUCCCCCUCCUCAUAGUUCAGGCCCUCCUCCCCCGCCUGCCCGGGGAAGGGGGGCUCCUCCCCCACCGCCUUCGAGAGCUCCCACUGCUGCACCUCCACCUCCGCCUCCUUCCAGGCCUGGGGCUGUUGUCCCUCCACCCCCUCCAAACAGAAUGUACCCUCCCCCACCACCAGCGCUGCCCUCCUCGGCACCUUCAGGCCCACCGCCUCCUCCACCGCUGUCUGUGGCAGGGUCAGUGGCACCUCCGCCUCCGCCUCCACCUCCGCCUCCACCAGGGCCGCCCCCGCCCUCUGGCCUGCCUUCCGAAGGUGACCAUCAAGUCCCUGCACCUUCAGGAAACAAAGCAGCUCUUUUGGAUCAAAUUAGAGAGGGUGCCCAGCUUAAAAAGGUGGAGCAGAACAGCCGGCCCACGUCCUGCUCAGGAAGGGAUGCGCUUUUAGACCAGAUACGGCAGGGCAUUCAACUAAAGUCUGUGUCUGAUGGCCAAGAGUCCACACCACCAGCGCCUGCCCCCACCUCCGGGAUUGUGGGUGCUCUGAUGGAGGUGAUGCAGAAAAGAAGCAAAGCCAUUCACUCCUCAGAUGAAGAUGAAGAUGAUGAUGAAGAGGAAGACUUUGAGGACGAUGAUGAGUGGGAAGACUGAUCUAUAUAUUAUAUAUAUAUAUAUAUUUUUAAGGUGAAAUACUAAACACUACUUUCUGUCUAUGAAUCUGUAAAAUUAUCAUGUAAAUGUUCUACCAAUUUGCUGUAUAUUUUUGUUGCCUUUUGCUUUUUUUUUUUUUAAAUUAAUCUGUGCAAUACCUCAUUUAAUCUGUAAAGGUUUGUUAUAAUCCUCUACAAAGCUACUCCCUGUUACUGUGUGCAAGUUUACAGCAGGAUGCUCACAUGAUUUGUGAAUAUUUUCAUUCCAUCAACAAGGGAGUUUAAUUAUGUGUGAGACUGACACAAACCUUAAUGUAAUUUAGUUAGAAUGCCAGAAGGAGAACACUAUUUUCAUACCCUACUUUUUCUGUACCUAAAUUUUCUUAAUAAAAUUUAGCAUAGCACUACA